AUGUCGACUUUGACACCUCCCGAAGACCAACCUACCAGAGCUCGCAGCAAUUCCAUCACACUAAAUCAGCAUCGAACUGCUACACACCUCCUGGGUGGAACUUGCGACAGUACCUUGCAAGUCUCAUCGCGUCCAAAAUCCAAAUCGAUGCUCGAUAUUACCACUUUGAAAUCAGAAACGAUGGCAGAAAAUAACAACAUUAAUUCUCACUCACUUCUCUUUUUGCGGUUGAAGAACAAACAUGGAGAUAAAGAUAGAAGUAUGGAUUCCCAAGAAUCUUUGAACAAGCCUGGAGGGAUAAUACUCAGGGAUUUUGGUUCGCAGGAAUCGCUUGAUGAUCUUAGAAUAGCGACGAAUAGAAUCACAAAGAGAAAGGUAUACACAUCUCAACAAAAACAGAUUUCAGACACAAUGGGCACAGAAAUACCCAAGAAUCCAUCUAAAUCUCUCCCUAUAACUACGUCCGAGUGGGACGAUGACAUAGACAAGAUAAAAGUCACCAAUGACCCCAAAAUUUGGGAAGAAAUGUCCCAUCUCGCAUGGCCCACAAACAGUCUAAUUCCCAUGCUUCUCGAAGCUAGCAAAUUUAGAGAAGAAGAGAAAAUAGAAGAAGCGCGAGAGAUUGUCAGACGUAUCAAGCAUACACAGAUGAUCAGGAAGAUAGAGGAAGAAGAGGAAUUACAUUCGAAGGGUGAUGGGAAUGCGGAAGAGGGAGAAUGGAUGGUAGUCGAUGCUAUGGCUGUGAUGGAUGAGAUGAGAAAGAUGGAUAGGAAUCUCAAGGAGGAUGGUUAUACAAAGAGACAUAAAGCAGAGAAAGGAUUAGGGAAGUGUAAUAUGUCAUGGGCUAUCGACGACUUUGACUUCCCAACACCUUCCAACAAAACUCCCCAAGACUACCCUCAAAUAUCCUCAAAAAUGGGCUGCGGACCAUCCAAACCACCCGUCCCUCCAAACGAAAAACAUCAACGCCGAUCCACCAGAGGCGCAUAUGCACCUCGCAAAAGCGAUAAAAGCAGUCCCCACGCAUCCCGACCCGUUGAAGUCUCAUCAUCUCACCGCGCCGUAUCAACCCGCGUUAUGAAUGAAUAUGCGAGCUACCUGCAAGCACAAAGAAAUGUUCACAACACCAUGAACGAAGUGUCGACUGAGCAGAACCCUCAAAAAGAACAAGAUAGAGUGAAGGAAUCGAGAUUGAGCUGGGCGAUUCCGGAAAGAAGAUCUUCGCUUGGGGUUAUUACGCUAGGAGCACAAACCAAUGGAGGCAAUACAAUCGACGCUCGCAAGCUUGGAGCCGGCACACUUGAAGCUAGCAAAGUUGGUGUUCAUACGGGAGGAUGUCGUAUCAUUCAAUCAAUCAGUAACCCGGGUCUGAGUGCUGUGUCGCCGCCGACGCCAAGACAAGAUGAAGAUGAUUUUGGUUCUCGACCUGUUUCUCCUGUAAGUUCGGUCGGUACGACGAAGUGGGAUCGUCCUGGAAACGUUCUUAAGGGUUGA